AUGGACCAUGAGGGAAACGAAACGGCUGAACAUGCCCAACGCCGAAGUGACCUAGUCGAGCAGAUGGUUGCUGCUGCCCGUGGCGAGGCUUGCGAAGCCGUCAUCGAGCAAACCAGCCUUGCCGGCAUGACCGAGGAGGACGCCCUCAAGAACCUGACCGGUACCGUUCGCGAUCAGGAUGAUCUGGAGCGUGACAUUACGCUCCAAGCGAAUGCAGCCAUCAUGGAGCAGGAAGACAAAAAGGACAAGGCCCGGAUCGAAAAGCUUGAGGCCUCGCGCCACCGACUCAAGCUGCAGCUGGACAAGGAAAAGAAGCGCCUCGAAAAAGCGGUCACCAACCCCUAUCAAGCCAGCAACAUCCGCAAGGAGAUCGCCAAGGUUGAACAGCAAAUCCUUCACCUCAAUAAUGAUAUUUUCGACUUCCAGUCGCGCAUGAAGAAGCGUCACGAGCAAGAUCCUCUUGAAGUUCCAAGCACCGCCAAGUCUGCCAGGUUACCGGGGGAGAGCCACCGCGACUUCCUCAUUCGAACUGGCAAAAUCACCCCAUUUGCGCGCGUCGGAGGGCCCAGGCCUUCUGGUGUGCAAGGUCAACUCGCAGAUGCAAUUCUCGAGGCCGAAGAAGAGGCGGCAGCAGAGCAACUCGGCACCCCUGACGAAGAGCCUGCAUCGCAUCAGCUGUUACGUCGGCCCGGCUUCGAAGAUGAGGCUUCCACGACGACAAGCAGCACUCCGGCGGCAACCAGCAGCGCCGUCGAAUCUGAGUUUUCGCUGCGACCCCGUAAGAAGCAACGGCGUGAAAAGGCACCGAGUCCUUCAGAAGAUUACGAGCCGGCAGCCUCGGACGCCUCCGAGUCUGCAGACUCGACAGUCUGGAGGCAAGGGAAUGAAGAAGAUUUAAUUCGAGAGGAGCGUCGAAAGAAUAAAGCCAAGGCUGCCGUCAAGGCACAGGAGCAGAUUGAUUUAACAAAGAUCGACGAUGGCGACGAGAAGCUGUACAAGCGCCGGCUGAACGAUUGGGUAACGCGACGAAGCCGCGCCCGCCGUGCAAGGAGACAGGCCCAAGAGUCCGCAGAUGCCGGAGCCGAAAGCGACCCCGAUGAGGAUGAAUGGACAAAACCAUCACCCGAUCACCCAGACUGGAGCAUAGACGAUGGCCUAAAGUUGCCUGGAGAUAUCCACCCCUCAUUAUUUGGCUACCAAAAGACUGGCGUGCAGUGGCUAGCUGAGCUAUACAAGCAGCGCGUGGGCGGCAUUGUUGGCGACGAAAUGGGCCUGGGCAAAACUGUCCAGCUGAUUGCAUUUGUGGCUUCCCUACACAGCAGCAGGAGGCUAAAGCGCCCUGUCAUUGUCGUUGCUCCCGCGACGCUUCUCCGACAAUGGGUCAGUGAAUUUCACCGAUGGUGGCCCCCGCUGCGUGUUUCUAUUCUGCAUUCCUCGGGCAGUGGCAUGCUGAACCCCGCUGCUGAAGACGACUAUGACUUGGAUCACUUUCGCCCCAUGGCUAGCAAGUCUUCAAAUGCAGCACGACGCAUCAUUCGUGGCGUUGUCAGCAAGGGCCAUGUACUUGUCACCACAUACACAGGUCUUCAGACGUAUGCUGAGGAACUGCUUCGGGUUGAGUGGGAGUAUGCCGUCUUGGAUGAGGGCCACAAGAUUCGAAACCCAAAUGCCGAAAUUACAGUUACUUGUAAGGAAUUAAGCACCCCAAAUCGUGUCAUUCUCUCCGGAACUCCCGUCCAAAACAACUUGACCGAACUUUGGUCGCUCUUCGACUUUAUCUAUCCCAUGCGGCUGGGAACUCUCGUCAACUUUCGCGCCCAAUUCGAGAUCCCAAUCCGUCAGGGAGGAUAUGCCAAUGCUUCAAAUCUCCAAGUCAUGACUGCGGAGAAGUGUGCUGAAGCGCUGAAGGAAACAAUCAGCGAAUACCUUUUACAGCGACUCAAGGUCGACGUUGCCGCAGACCUUCCAGAAAAGACGGAGCAAGUUCUGUUUUGCAAGCUCACCGAUGGCCAACGCAAGGCGUAUGAGACUUUCCUUAACUCUGAUGAGGUGUCUGCCAUUCUUAGUCGGCGACGGCAGUCACUCUACGGAAUUGAUAUUUUAAGAAAAAUCUGCAACCAUCCCGACUUGCUGGACAAAAGGCUUAGUAAAAAGGCUGGCUACGACUAUGGCAGCCCAAGGCUGUCGACAAAGCUGCAGCUCACCAAAGACCUGCUUCAAAACGUCAUGAUUCCCAACGGCCACAAGACGCUGCUAUUUUCUCAAGGAAAACUGAUGUUGAACAUCAUUGAGAAAUGUAUGAAGGACUGCAGCAUAUCGUAUCUGCGCAUGGACGGAGAGACGCCGGUUGACCAGCGCCAACCAAUGAUUGAUCGAUUCAACAACGACCCGGAUGUGCACGUAUUUCUUAUGACUACGCGCACGGGUGGUUUGGGAACCAAUCUUACAGGUGCUGAUCGCAUCAUCAUAUUCGAUCCAGACUGGAAUCCGUCAACGGAUUUACAGGCACGAGAACGAGCCUGGCGACUCGGACAAAACAAACCGGUCAAAAUUUACAGACUCAUGACGGAGGGAACAAUCGAAGAAAAGAUUUAUCACCGACAAAUCUUCAAGCAGUUUAUGACGAACAAAGUACUGAAAGAUCCAAAACAACGCAGCUCGUAUGACCUGUCUGACUUGUAUGAUCUUUUCACGUACAACCAAGGCCGAGAUGCGGCUGCUCAGCGAAGUGAGGUCUUCAGGGGAGCAGAGGUUGACCUCGCAAAUGGUGAAAGUGACGCGUCUGGUAAAACUGUCGCCCCUGAUCGUGAGCAGCAAGAGUUGAAGCAGAUGGAUUUGGUGGCAGCAAUGGAAGAAUUCAAAGAAGACAAGGCCGCACAAGAUGAGCGCCGUAUGCUCGACGGCAUUUUUGCUCGCUCUGUCAACAGCGCCUACGAUCACGAGCAGAUUGUCAACGGCCCUUCCAAGGCAAAGGCCGACAUUGCAAUUCUCCGGCACGAGGCAAACCAAGUAGCUAAGCAGGCCGCUGCACAUCUGCGGCGAGCUGGCCAGGAAGCCCGCAGCAUUCCCAUCGGCACAGUAACGUGGACAGGUGAAGUUGGCCAGGGCGGCCGACCCGGAGGGAGCCGUCGCCGCGCGGGUCCCAGCUCGGCCGGGAUCCUCAGCAACCUAGCUGAUCGCCAGGGCCUCGACAGCGGGACUGGGAGCGGCAGCUCGCGUGCCGGCACCCCCGACAAGAACCUCAAGGCAAAGGACUUCAUGCUGAUGAUUAAACAAUUCAUCAACCGACACAAUGGAAAGGUGCCGAGCAAGAUGCUCGUGGAUCACUUCAACCAGUUCUGCCCAGGGAAGAAGCAGAGCGAUGAGUUUAAGACGGCGCUUGACACGAUCGCCAUGCUGAGCAAGACUGGUGGUGCUGGUAGAGGCAUGUGGUCGCUGAAGCCUCAGUUCAAGUAA